ACGAUGGCAGACCGCUUCGACUGCGACAACUGCAAAGAAUCCCUGUACGGCCGCAAGUACAUCCAGUCGGAAGACAGCCCUUACUGCAUCCCCUGCUACGACAGCCUCUUCUCUAACACGUGCGACGAGUGCAAGGAGCUCAUCGGCCAUGACGCCCGGGAGCUCUUCUACGAGGACCGGCAUUACCACGAGCACUGCUUCCGCUGUUUCCGCUGCGACCGCUCACUGGCAGACGAACCCUUCACCAACCAGGAGGACGCGCUGCUCUGCAACGAUUGCUACUGUAACGAAUUCUCAUCCAAGUGCGUCGCCUGCGACAAGAUUGUCAUGCCAGGUGAGGGUACCAGAAAGCUAGAGUACGCGGGCUCCACGUGGCACGAGGGCUGCUUCGUCUGCCACGCCUGCGAGCAGCCCAUCGGCUCCAAAUCGUUCAUCCCUGAGAAGGACGAGCACUACUGCGUGCCGUGCUACGAGGACAAGUUCGCACCGCGCUGCACGCGCUGUAAAAAGACCCUCGCUAAAGGUGGCGUGACCUACCGGGACGAGCCGUGGCAUAAGGAGUGUUUCGUGUGCAGCAGCUGUAAAACGCAGCUGGCCGGCCAGCACUUCACCUCGCGAGACGACAGUCCGUAUUGCCUCAAGUGCUUCGGAAGCCUCUACGCCAAGAAGUGCGAGGCCUGCAGCAAACCCAUUACAGGUUUCGGCGGAGGCAAGUACAUCUCGUUCGAAGAGCGCCAGUGGCACCAGCCUUGCUUCACCUGCACACAGUGCUCCGUAUCGCUGGUGGGCGCCGGUUUCUUCCCCGAUGGCGAGCGCAUCCUGUGCCGCGACUGCCACAACGGCUUAUAA